AUGACUGCGAUUGAAUAUGGUGGUGGCCCAACAGCCGAACAACGAAGAGAUUUUUGCAAUCUACCCCAGGGGGCUCAUAUUCCUGGGUAAGGGAAUGCGUAUUGGCUAUUAUCACUAUACAGUUACAUGGGCUAUUGUCCACAAUUCAAAUUUGUCCAUGGGCUAACUUAUGGAAUACAAACAGCUAAAAUUGCAGCGGUAUUGCUUUAAAAUUUUUUAUGAGGUUUUUUUAAAGAAAUUGCCUUAUUAUAAAGGGCCAACGACCGCCGUAAGUUUUUUCGUGUAUUUUCUAUCUGGUAGUCCGAAAUAUAUCUAACGCCUCGAAUUGGCGAUGAUAAAAUCUCGAAAACGCCGAAAGUUUUCAAGGACGAAAUUCCACGGGACAAGAUCCCCAAAGCCACAGGCGAGAAUAAGUACAUGGACACAAUGAUUCCUGGAUAUACCGGUACCUAGGGCUUUGGUGGGUUUUAUUUUCCAGGUGACGUCCCUCAUAUGCCUUACAAAUUUGGCGGAACCUUUAAACAUUUAUGCGAAGAAUGUGUGGAUGAGUUUGUUACAGAGUAUCAAAAACGUGAGAAAGACACCAAAAAUCUGAAGGAACUAAGUGGCUUGUUCCCAAAAUUAAAACCCAUUCGAGACGACCCGAGUGCACGCGACAAUAUGAACCUGUGGAUUGACGAUUAUUUGAAAAAGACCGCUGGCAAGAUUGGCCCUCGUGGACCAACGGAGCCACCUAUACCCGGAUAUACGGGUUAUAUUCCGCAACUUCGGACGACGGAGCUUGGAACAGCGAACCGUUUUCAUGCAGGUGCUGAGCGGUCAUUAGAAGUGUUUCGGAUCAAAACUAAAAACCAUUUCGACCGGCUUAGUUACCCAAGCGAACCACUCAAGCCGUAUGUUUCGUUUUUUGCUCUCGUUUAAUUUCUUGAUGUUCUUGCAUUUCCUAAAGCAAUUUAGCCAUUUUAACACAGGGAAUAUUGUAACUACUGCCCAAAGCGAUGGUCGAUGCUUUUUAAAAGAAAUGUAACAUUUCGUCUCCUGUAUUUUACUAGAAUCAUGGGACUGUUAACCAUGUUUUGUAAAUUAUUAUUUCCCUUAGAAAUCGAUAGGAUUAUUCAUCGCUAUUUUUAUUUUAUGUCAGCGAUAUUUUAAUGGUUUUUUUAUGACUAGAAUUAUUAUGUUUUCCAUCAAGAAAAAUUUUUUACGACAAAAUGCUGAGGAGUUUCAGAAUUUAUUUUGUCUCUCAGAUUACAAAAGUUUAAUAGGCUGGCCGCAAAGAUUUGGCUUUCCAUUCCUUUUCAGCUGCUUCGUCACCUAACAGCUUGUUCUAAACAGGCUUAAUGUAGCGAAUACAUAAGAGGACUUGUCCUUGAAGACAAGCAUUAUUUCAAUCGUGCUGACUUGGUGAUUGUCAAUACCGCAUGAUCUUAACAGCAUCUGAAUCUAUAAGUCUUUGCUGAGAAAUUCCAAAAGUUGUCUUUAGUUCAUAUUUUGUAUUGUACUGGACGAUAAACUAGGAUCUGAAAGCGUCUGUUAAUUUGAAUCGCCUCACUUGCCUCGACAUAUUUUCUAAUCGCCUGUAUCCUACUGGUCUUUCUAAUGGCAUUUGAUUUCCAUGAUCCUUCGUGAUAUUUAUAUUCCGAUGGUCUGUAACGCUGACAAAAAACGAGGAAAGAGCAGAUCCUCGUUUUUAGAUCCGCAGUUUAAAGUCUUAGUUUUAAUUAAUUGAGAAAAGGGCCUGUUUCCAUUCGUAGGUCUUGAAACACUGAAAGAGGUUUUAGCACCUACAUUUAUUUAUAUAUUUAUUUAAUGUCUCUCUCAAAGUUUACCAUGACUAUCGAAGUAUUCUGUCCUCGAUAAUACCACGUGGAAUAGUAAAUCCACUUUUCUAUGUCAAAUUGGUGUAUAUACCAAUUCAGUUGCUGAUUUAUUAAUCCACCCUUGUUACGAACUCAGUAUAUUUCGACGACUUCCAAACUGUACUUCCUUUUGACCAAUUUAUAUGUUCGCAUUUUAGUAAACCUGAGCGAAUUGGGCCACCACCGAGCAGUUUCAAUGAAGACCCGCACUCCUUGCGUAUAUUCCGGAAUGAAGGCGUCAUUCCGACAUACAAAGGACACGUUCACCGUAAGUUGCACUUUUUGCGUUUCUCAGUACUCGAAGCGUGGCUUCCGUAUAUUAGACGCAGAGUGCCUGUUAUGAUUUUAUUGCAGCCAAGUGCGUUUAAAGUUCAUGAGCUGUGGUCGUUGAACUUUUUACUCGGACUUGAAACUAAAAAGCAGAUAAAAGUCCUGGGUUCUUUUGUGUAAGCCAGCGUUUUUGCACCCUUACUUGAAAAACAACCUAAGUGAGGUUGGGGCAUUUGCAUUAUCUAUUUAACCACGAGGAAGAAAAAUUAUCAAUGAAGUCGAGAGUAUUUACUGGUUAUAUCUAGCCACAACUGUGCCGUAUGGCUGGACGUACUUUUUAGUGUUUUGUUGUGACAUCAGUAUCAUUCAUCCUUUGGCAUUUUGCUGGUUAACGCUCUAAUGCUACUGCUUGCCCUAGUUAACAAGAUGGGAAUUUACCUACUCUCUUGCCUCAGAUAUAAGGAAGGCAUUUCUACGAGUAAAAACGACCAUUAGAAGAAUCCCCCUAUUUGUGUGACUAUUGUUCUACCUAUCAUAUACAACAUUUUAUUACGAAUUUGUGGAGCACGGAAUAUAAAACAAUUUAAAAAUGAGAUCAAAUCAUUUUAUUUUUAUCGUUAAUUCAGUCCCUCUAGUCAUUCACUUUAUUCUUGUCGAAGCUUAAGUCUUUUGUCCUCUACAUUGAACAUAUUUUUUAUUCUGACGCCAAGCAACUAAAAACUUCUUGUUACUACCAGCAACUGAAGUACAAAAGUCGCAAUCAAUCACCCCUAUAUAUCAUUUUUUAUUCAUCUUGUUUCUUUGUGGGCGUCCUGCUCCCUUGAUUAGGUUACUUGGAGACAGUUUACUACCUCACACGAAAAUGUACCUCUCAUUAUCUGGGACUUUUAAAAAUCUAUCCUGGGUUAUCGCAUGUAGUCUGAUUGGGAGAGCAAAUCUGUCUCCGCAGUGAAAAAAUCAAACUUUCUUGUAGACAGCAGCGUGAGUUGACGUUGGUUAAAAGCCCGAAAAAACGUAUUUUUUGUUGCUCGAACCGCAAGAAACCGAGGUUUCCGUUUCACCCAUGUGCAACAAACCCAAAUACAAACCCAAACAUCGGCAAAAAGGUUGCUCUAUAGAAUACAUCAAUAUCUUUGUCUCUGUGAUAAGAAUUCAAAAGAUUCGCGUAGCUACAGACGAGUCCAUCUCAAAAAUAUGAAGAUUAGUGAACCUCUAUUCAUUGGUCACACCAUAACACAGCUACAUUUCACUCACGAUACACGACUAUUGUGAAAUUGAAAAUACUCGCCGGAAGAUACUUGAGUCAGUCGCGCAAACCUGGGUCUCAUUCGAUGAUAAUCGUAGCUCAUCCUUCUACGACAGAGACUUUUACUUUAAUGAUUAUUUUCCAACACUCUCAUUUGGUGGCUAAAAUGCCGCUCACGGUCUAUGAGUAAAGCCAAAACUGCAACAGUGUUCCUUUGCGAUACUUUAAGUCCUAUCUAUAACACGAACGAGUUUAUUCUUUACCAAGACCAAUGCCCCUCUUGUAAACGCUUUCAACGUCCGGAACUUGACCGAGACUUCCACAAUGUCCUAACAGUUUUAUAUGACGUCUAACUUAGCUCUGAUGUGCGGGAGGUCUGAGUCCGCCGGCAGUGCCCACAUUAGCGCUGACUAGCAUAGGGGGGAAUGCCCUCUUCGCAUGCUUUCACUGCUUCUCAAGAAAACUUUAGUGGUCUACUCUUAAUAUCAUAGAAUUUCAUGUAUUUCCGGAGACUCUGUGAGAAGGAGAUAACUAUGGUCACUGUUUUAUGUUGUCUAAAAUAACUUAUCUUGAUGGAAGCUGUUUUGUGUGUUGAGUGACGUUUGCUCCUGCACCAAGUAAGAGUACAUUCGUACGGUAAUUACCUAGACUCUGAUCACUUUAUUUAACCUCCAUAGAUGCGACCUUGGUCUUUUUAGUACCUAUAGCGCAUGAAACAAACCAAGACACUCCAGAGAACGCCCUACUGGGCAAGGGUUCACAUUGCCAGAAUUCGGUGUCUUGUUGGUCGUGUCAUAGGUUUCAUUUUUGUAUAUGUAACGCGUUUCAACUACCCGCACAUUUAGAAGUCACUCAAGUAUCCUAGAAUUCGCCUAUCUUCCGUAUUUAAUAGCCAUUUCCAAAUAAUAAAACCUCUGUCUAACCGGAUAAAAUUUCGAUUUUACCAGAUUUCUCUCGUCAUUUAUGUAAGCAAAAUAAUAAAAAAGUACAUGACUUGACUGUCAGUUUCUCGUUCGAGCGGGCAUUUGCGAUAUACUCCCUAACUUCCUUGUGUGUAAUGUGGCAUCAAAAAUGCUCAAAACGGGCAGCAGCCUUAUACUUCAAAGCUAGUCGUUGCCUCCUUGCAACUGAAAUUGAACCAGGAACUCUCGCAGAGCAAUAAUGAUAUGUCUUGAAAAAGGUCAACGCAUAUGGCCACUUUUGAUGGCAGACUCCAAUUCCGUUUCUCAUACAUUGUCGGACUAACUUCCUACACUUCCUUCGUCUUUUAUAUAAUGCAAUUUAACAUUUGACGACUGAAUGGGCAAGAGCUCUGGUCCUGUGAUUGUCCCAAAUUUCCAACCAAAAAUACGACAGUCCUCUAUUGGCAGUUGACAACUACCCGUAUCUUCCAUCCUUCACUGUUUCUCUAACAUUUGUACUUCAUAAUAGACAUCCAGGCCGCUCUUUGUAGCGUUUUAUUCAGGUAGACCUGUUUCUUCCAACUUGCUGGGGAUGGACUCCAUGACUAUGGGUCUCUGACGUUGAGACAUCCAUGUCUCUGUCAGACCUAUUCCAACCAAUUCUGGAGACGAAGCUAUCACUUUAGGUCCAUUUUGUUGACCCGAAACAAUGCCUGGCACAGUCAUCGACUUGCUGUUUGUGCUUACAGCCUGGUUGGUUAGGGUUUUUGCUGUUUGCAUCGAGGUACCUGAAAGGGGAGGAUUCACUGGGCAUACCCAGAAAAACGGAGUCAUUUUAGAACAUGGUGUUCGCGGAAUAAAUUUGAAAAAGCUACAGAAGGAAUAGGGUCCGGAUGUCAAACAGUGACCUGUCUGGUGAUUCUCGACUUCUACUGUCAAGGUGCAUAUUACACAUCUUACUCAUGAAGUUCAGGGCGGUAUAUUUAAUAAUAAUAAUAAUUCGGCCAAUGGAGACGACGAGAUUUACCCCCGUCCAGAGAACCGACUGAGGAAUGGUAUCCAAAAUGGCCAUGCAUUUUAAUAACCACACCCCCAUCUUCCUGCGCUGUCAAUAGUCCAAUGCUUGGGGCAAAGUCAUCAUCACAGGAGAUGGGCUGCGGAGGCAAUAGUUAAAAAAUGGUCAUAAAGAGUUAAGAAAGCUCCGUACAUGCCACGACAUUUGGACCGUCGUUGCCGACGAUGUUCACCGUGUGCUCCACAGCAAGGUGAAGCACGCACAGUGACUUGCACGCGAAUUAGUUUAGAGGAAACGUGGACUUUCUCAGAAUCCACCGCACUCUCUCCCCCUCCUCCACCUGGGCCCGGUGUCAAGACAGAGCCGAGAAGACCGGAGGUGGGGGAGGGCGCAGGUGGACAGCACGGAUGAGCUCGCACCUUGACGCUCCACUCCACACCCCCUGGUCUACACAGCAAAUGACCAGGAUUUAAACCAACGAUAAAAAUGGAAAGCGGCAGGGGUCCCAAUAUGCGCGAUGUCAGCCGGCAACUGGGCCUGUCACCGCAUCCUGAAAUGUUGGCAUUUGUUAUGAUGUGCAUUCCGAUAACGCCUGUCAGAAUCCGAUUUGGCCCUGUCCAGUGCAUCUACCACAUGGCCCGUUUGGGGGCAUAAUGCAUGCCACACACGAUCUAUUACCUGCAUUUGCAUAAACUGGGGUUUAGAAAAAAGUGGAGUGUCUCAUAUCUUACGCAAAUAACAGUGUCAUAGGGGCCGAAUUAGUGGAGACCCACUGCGUCUUGGUCCUCGCUCCAAAUAAAAGUCCAGUUAUCCAGUUCUAGGUCAGAACUUUUGGCGCGCCGUGAUAGUUUCAAGAACGUCAGAUUUACUAUUGUAAACAAUGCGCCAAGUUGUCAUGCGAAUUGAUAUCUCAAUAGCGGUCUGAUUUCGCCUUCUCUUUCUAGUACACCAUUCAAUGACUCUAGACAUCCGGCUGAUUGGUAAUGAAAUUCGGCAUGACUCAAGCCGUCCAUCUAAUGCGUUCCGCACAUAAUUACAGCAACCCACCCAAUGCGUGCCGUGCGACAUUUUGAUCCCAAUUUAUCCCAGCACAGCCGCAACACAAUAAUAUUGGCUUCGAAGAGGUCACGAGGGCUUAGGCUAUCGAAGAUCGAAGUUUCGGGACCAGAUCUGUGGACCUUGAUGAAACAUUUCGUGCAAAUGUGACGGAGCACUGAGCAUAAGGGUGUGACGUAGUUGUGAUACAAUUGUCACACAGUGAAGACAGCAGAUCCAGCAUAGAUGAGGGGCACGUGCGUCAAGUGUAAUAUAUUUGUGGAACAUAUUUUGGGUUACUUGCUUCUAUCUGGAUAUAGCUACCUUUAGGGGCCAGUUGUUUACAAGUGUUGUUGUGUCAUGAGUUAUGAGGUGCUUACGGAGCAUAAUGGCACUGUCUUUGACUGGUUGGAUAGAAUUAAUCGCCCGAAACAGCAUCUAUUUCAGGUUUUGUCAUGCCUCAUCAGCCGGACAUGCCUCAGUUAUUCUAGCGAGAAGGAGUACUUAGGCUAACCUGGGGAUGACUAACUGGUAAAGGUACACUGACGGGACACCAGCUGUGCAGUUCCGUAGGCUCGUCGGUCUGGCCUCGCCCGUGAACAACCAGUAUGUCUUCAUUUCAAGUUUUGGUUGAGACUACGGCUGAAAGACAUAAGUGGCUCUGAAACAGCUUCUAUGCCAGGCCUCCCGAAUUUUGCCGGUCAUUCUCUGGCAUAUUUUGCCCGACUACUAUUUGGUCCUGAUGGCAGCGACCUGCUGGAAACCCCUGUCAGGCUUGACGGGGAUAGGUGUUUAUGAGUCCUCAGUUGUCCUCAUAUCUAUCUAUUCUACUACAUCAGUACUGCUACGAAGGCGAUGUGAAAAAUGCACUUGGCAACAUAGGUAAAAUACCUCGGUCGUCAAGAUUACCAUUUAGUAGGUCUAUUACAGGCGCUACGUGGGACCCUUAUUGGGGAACCUACGGGUCUACGUCCAAAUAACCAGUUCGCAGCGCAUGGAAAAAUUUCCUUAAAUGAGCUUCAGUAAGUUAUUCGUAGACUGUUCCGAGCCUAACUUGUGCAAUAAUUUUGGGAUGUCUGGGGGGAGCGGUGUUUCCGUUGACAUGUUGUUACUAUUUCAAGUAUCCAUUUAUGUGCAGUAAAAGUUACCGGAAGUUGACUAUGUCAUUUUACCAAAAUUAAUAGCAUGUCAAUCUGUGCGCCCGGGAUUCUGGUACAGAUUCUUAUCGUCUUGACUAGACCGGUUAGACUGAAUCACUGGUUGAUUUUAACCUGUAUCGAGUGGCAAUCUAGGCCUCCUUUACUGAACGUCUUCUUUGUUUUCAGGGGGGAGAUUAUAUAUUUUAAAGAGAAGAAUGUACUAUUUGGACAAGCGUAGUUUUCACAAUGACCUUCUAUUUGACGAAGAUGAUAAGCAGUGACUUGUUCAACAUCUAACUUAUUUUUCACAAAUAUCCUUUCAGAAAUGCGGUUCUCUUCUGGUCGCACCAUUGGCGAUGCUUCAAGGAAAUUGGAAGUUUGUUCGCACAACUUCCCGUCGUACGGUCUGUUUACGAAGAAUCGUGACCUUGUGGAGGCUGAUCAGUCUCAAGGGCCGUAG